GUUUUGUUGCUGUUAUUUUCCCUCUGACGUUGUUUCUGUUGUUUCACGCCGACUUUUUAUGGUUUUCAGGUUGCCAUUGAUGUCCAAUAUCGUCCUUGGGCCGGGAUGGCUGAUCUACCUGAGGCCUUGCGUCUUUCUGCGCACCGCACCAUUUUGGUUGGUACCGGACGCUUUGUCUGGUAUUUGGGGGAGCGAGUCGUUCGUAAGCAUAGUGGCGAUCGUUUUGUGGUGCCCUCAUCUCCACCAGAGUUGAUGCUGGACUCACGCUUGAUCAGAGAGUUGAUCAACAGGGGAGAGCGCUAUACUUUUCCAUGGCAGGAGCUUGUACACAUGGAGAGUGACUAUGCGCGGGAUUUGCUUCCCUCUCUGGCUUCCCCACCCCGUCUUCCUGAGACGACUAUUCGCCCUGUGGGGAGGAUCGAGAUUCCUCCUCAGUCUGUUCUCUAUCUAGGGCCGAUUGGUAUCACAGAGGACCAUAUUGCUGACGCGCCAGAGGGUUACAGACAGGCGCAGGAGUCUCUGCCCGAGGUCUUUGAGCCGGUGAGUUCUCUUGGAUGCAUUAUUCAUCCUUUUAACAUUGUUUGUUACUGACUUUUCAUUGUUUUAUCCUCAGCCUAACCGCCCGGAGAUGAUGAGACUAAUGAAGCUGGUUGACGCCCUGAAGUAUUGCAUC